AUGCCGCCGGGGACAGAACGUUGCCAGCAUUUUGGUUCGUCUAUUGCUUACUUGGAUGUCGUCGUAGGCGCAGCAGCGGAGAAUCUGAGCCAAGCCGCCGUCACGAACCAGCUUCAACUUGUUCUCCUCAUUCAGAGAGAAACUCGAGAAGGCUGCAGCUGCCGUGCGUUGGUAAUCCAGCAGCGGACUCUGCGCCAGCCUGAUGAACGGCUGGAGAAGCGAUUCUUGCACGAUGUGAACGCGGAUCGUCGGGUUGGCGGACAAGAAGCGCAGGCCCAUCGCGGCAUACCGCUGCGUGACGUCAUCUGCAGACUCGGUAAGCUGGAUGAGGCUCAACAAAGCGCCUUGUUUGUACACGGCUUGGUGGUUCUCCUCGUUGGAGCAAAGAUUCGCCAGCGCGCGACUCACAUCUUGCAGAAUCUCCGCGCUGUCUUGAGCCACUUUGGUCAACGCAACGAGCGCACUCGUCAAACCUUCCGCCACAAUUUUCUGCUGGUUCGUGGGGUGUUCGGACACAUUCGCGAUCAACCCCACGCACUGGCACUGCAGAUCGCGUAG